GACUCUCAGGUCAAUAUGUUCACCACUGACACAAUAUCAAUCCUGCAUAUGGGGCUGUGUCAUCACAGUGGGCACACUCAGACCUCAGAAUGCAGAAAAUCCUAGUGCUGACACUCAAGUGUUAUCUGAGCAACAAAGGGAAUGUGGAGAGGCUGAAUGACCUUCACACCACAGGAGAGAUGUCUGUACCCAUAAGUCUACAUACCUGCUUAUAAUCUCAUUCCUGUACAUGCAUUUUUUCACUUUCAGUCUUAAUAGUGCUCUUUCUUUCCUGCUGUUGUAAUGGCUUACAAGCAGAUACAUUUCACAUUAAAUGGUAAUAUCUAAUAUGCACUGAACAGAACAAGAAUAAUUUAUAGAAAAAACAACUACAGCAACAACAAAACCCAAACAAACACAAUUGGUCCGAGCACGCUUGUGGUUUAUGGGCAGUGGAUGAUAUUUCAGGAAGAAGAAAGAGCUUUGUUGCAAAAGCAGUUCCUCAUCAACAACACUUUUCUGUGAAGUCAGGGAGAUGUGCAGAGUGAGGAAAGUCUCCUGCUACGCCACUGGAGAGUCUGCAGAAUAUGUACAAGGAAGAUUUCAGGAAUAUUACUGAAGAGAACAUAGCCAGCAAUGACACCUUCUCCGCCUUUGCCCACACCAACACCACAAGAGCUAUCCUGAUUACCGUCUACUCCGUUGCCUUUGCUGGAGGUGGGAUAGGUUCCACUGCAAUGUCAUUUGUGCUGGUCAAGAUGAACAGUCUGUCUGUGACCACCACAGCCAUCAUUAAUCUAGUCGUGGUACAUGGUCUCCUCCUCCUCACAGUCCCCUUCCGUCUGCACUACUAUAUCAAUAGAGAGUGGAUCUUCCACAUGCCGUUCUGCAAAAUGGUGAGUGCUAUGGUGCACAUCCACAUGUAUCUGACUUUCCUAUUCUACGUGAUCACACUGGUGAUCCGGUGGUUGAUCUUCUUUCAGUGGAAGGAUAAGGUAGAGUUUUAUAGGAAGCUACAUGCCAUUGCCGCAAGCGUCGCCGUGUGGGUCAUCGUCAUCGUCCUCAUGGUGCCACUCUUCUACAUUCAGUAUGGACGCUCAGGGAACUAUGAUGACAAAGCAUGCUUUAAAUUCCACAAGGAGCUGAAACAGGACAGUGUGAAAGUCCUGAACUACCUAACCAUUGCAGCUGUCGCCUUAAUUACUUCUGUUCUCCUGGGCCUGCAGAUUUUUAUUCUGGUCAAAGUUUCGAGAAAACUCUCCGCUUCUCUCUGGUCACACCAAGAGUUCUGGGCCCAGGUGAAGAACUUGAUAUUCAUCUGUGUCAUCAUAAUUUGCUUCCUUCCCUAUCACCUCUUUAGAGCCUACUACAUAAAGUAUGUGAGUGACAGUGAAAAGUUAGAAAGCUACAACGAAGUUUUUUUGAGCCUGACUGCCCUCAGCUGCCUGGACCUGCUGUUCUUUGUGCUGAGUGGAAGCCGUCUCUUCAAACAAAAGGUUGGCAUGCUUCGAAGCAGGCUGUCCUGCUGCUAGCUCUGACUGUGUGGGGACCUGGAAUCUGGCAGAGCUCAGUGCUGGAGAGACAUGGCACAUCCACUCUUCAGCACGUCAGAGCGGGCGCUGGAAACAACAUAAACCUGCUUCCCAAAAUAAUGGGGUGAACCACCUAUCACAUCUCCCAUGGUUGACUGGGGGCCUGGGAUUUCCUUACAGCCCUGCUUAGUGAGGAGUGGAUAUGCUUUGAAGAGUUGGAGGAAAGGGCAUGGCCUCAAUCUUCUUCUUCUUAUUAUUAUUUUUUACAUCAAGAUUUGUGAACUCUAAAGCACCACAAUGAAACUCAAGAGAAUUUGCAGAGUGUGUUAAACCACAGACACAAAAAAAUGUAAUUUUUAAAUGGAUUUUGGGACAGAGUUUUGAAAUGUAAAGAUCCAUAACAUUUUCCACAUGCGUAUCUUAUUUAUUUCCUGCAAACUCUCGUAAAAUAUUGAUGAAGCUAUUGUUCCACUUAAAUGCGUCUUCUACUUCAUUGUGAAGACAAGUGUAACUUUCCAAAUGUACUGAGCAACUCAAACAACUCUUUAAAAACAAACUAUGACUACCUAUUUAUUUUUUUAAAAGAUUUUCUCAGAAUCACUUCUGGGAGAUGUUAUCAUUACAACAGAAAAAAGUUUUGUUCUUCUCUAUCCCAUACAUCUCCAGCAGAAAAAUUACACAUCAUCACUGAAUAUUGUAUGUUUAGACUAAAAGCUACAGAAUUGUUCAAUUUUCAAGAAAUACUAAUGUUGAGAAUUGUUUUAUUUAGAUCAUUUGGGUAACAGUUGUCCUCUCUUAAAAAGACAAAUAUUUUAUGUUUCCAAGGUAAAUGUAAAGCAUUUUUUUUUUUUCCACCCAUGUUGAUUUUGUGCAGUUCUAAGUUUGUACAUAAUUACUUUUUUUGGUCAUUUUGACAUCAAUUCUAUAAAUGUUGUACCCUGUUGAAGAAAUUAGAACAAUACUGCUCAGAUUGGAGUGAUAGAGAAAGCUAAUGAACCUGGUCUAUCUAAAAAUCUUACUAUAUCUCAGUGACACAGCAUGAAUUGCUAUUUCUGAAGAGAGAAUUAAUCUCUAUUUGAAAAGAGGAAAAAAAAAAAUCAGCAAAAUAAUUCUAUGGAAGACAUCUAGGAUUUCACAGCUCUUCUGUUUUGCAGUAUCCCAAAAAAGACUAUAAAAUUCUGAGUGCUGUAAUACAAGACAGCAAUGACUAAUUUAUCUUUCUUCCUCUUGACAUCUGUAAAAGGUCAGCUUCUUAAUUUAGUCAGUGGAAUAAUAUCUUGAUAUUUUGACAAAUAGGUUAACGGCUAAUUAAUUUCCAGUCAAAGUCUUCUCUCAUGAUGCUGCUGAAAUCCACCUUAUCCUAUUGCUGAAUCUUUCUAUUUCUUGCUACUUCUUCUUCUCUUUCUCACCAUACAGCAAUCAAAUAAUAACUGUUGGAUCUUCCUGUACCUGUGCAAUCUUACUGCUAUCUUACAUUGCUUUUGAUCCCAUCAAAGAGUGAUGUCCAAGAUGAUUACAUCACAAGAUCCUAUUUCUUCCAAAUUCUUUCUUUCCCUAUCUUCCUUCCUGCUUCAAGCUCUAUUGCAUCUCUCAGUAGAUGUGACUAUGAGAUUAUUUUCAGGUCAGUCUGAGUGCUGCUACAUGACAACGAAUAUUUGUGAUCUGGAAAUCACUGAAGUUCAUAAGGGAGACAUGGCGAUGCUCAUAUGGCUCACUCCUAGCAAACUGCAUGGAUCACAACAGCUGUUAAGAGAGAACUGUGAGAGUUUGCAAUGUGUGUGAAUCUGAGACAGAACUGUUUGAGGUGUUUGCCACAAAAGCAUCGUGCUAAAGAGGAAGGGGACCACCAGCCAUAUUAAACAGUGCAACUACAGAGAUGUUUAAAACAAGGAAAAAGUCAGCUUGAAAGUGUAGUUCGCUGACUGCCAGUUAACUUUAUGUCAUCAAAAAAGAAAUAAACUACUUUGACCCAUAUUUAGUUCACAAAUACAUGAACAAAACUGUAUUACCCUAUAGAGGCAGAGAAGACAGAUAUACCAGGUUGGGCUCAAAGGGGUUACAGGCUGGCAGCCAGUCACUAUUGGGGCUCUGCAGGGCUCCAUUUUAGGGCCAGCUCUCUUCAAUAUUUCCAUAAAUGAUUCAGAUGCAUGACUUGAUAGCAUACUAAGCAAAGUUUGGAGGUGACACUAAUCUGGGAGGAGCUGGUGACACCCUUGAGAGUACAGAGGACUUGCAGAGAAGUCUUGACAAAUGUGAGGGAUGGGCAGUCACUAAUGGCACAAAGUUUAACAAGAGCACCAGAUUCUGCACCUGGGUCACAGCACCCCUCUUCCAGUGCUGGAGUUCAAGAAGCAU